GUGAUUAUUAAACCUUCUGCGCCUGUGUAAAGUUACGCAUAUAUGGACCUUCGCACAGCUCGAAUGGCAUAGUUCGCAAACGGACGACGUCAAGUCCACAUAUCUCUCUCUGUGAGCUACGAAGUACAUACAAACAGGUGGAACACUGGAUUUCUUAUAGUGGAAAUACGUGAACCGUAACUUGGAUUCUACCAUUACUUGGAUUUUCUUGUCUGAGGAUAUGAAUACUGUGAAUCGAUCCUGGAACUGAUCUUUUGGAUUAUAACCCUUUGGACUAUUACACCAUCAUCGACUGUGAUUUUUGUGCUUGAAUCCGGACGAUGGCCAUGAUUCAAGGCUACCCAAUGGCUUCUCAACCAGUGGGUAUGGAAAUUGAAAGUUCCUACCCUAGAGCACCGCCCAAAUGGGCCAACAAGUACCCCCAAUGCACCAUCAACCCCAGAUGGUACAGCAUCAAAUGGGACAUUACCCUGUGGUACCCCAGCCCAUGAUGCACCCACAGACACUCCCAGAGACUCCUCUCUUGAACAACAUUGCUGACGAAGAGGAGGACCAGGAGCCCAGUCCAAUGGCUGGAGAACCUCCCUAUCAGUGCAAGAUUUGCGGGAAGGGCUUUGCUAUUCCUGCUCGCCUGCAGAGGCACCACCGAGUGCACACAGGAGAAAAACCAUUCAAAUGCGAGUUCUGUGAGAAAACCUUCAGUGUCAAGGAAAACCUGAACGUUCACCGCCGUAUUCAUACAAAGGAAAGGCCCUACAAAUGCAACAUUUGUGGAAGGGCAUUUGAACAUUCAGGCAAACUCCAUCGUCACAUGAGGACCCAUACUGGAGAAAGGCCCCACAAGUGUGAGGUCUGUGGCAAAACAUUUGUCCAGUCUGGCCAGCUUGUAAUUCACAUGCGCGCCCACACUGGCGAAAAACCUUACUCGUGCGAGUACUGCCAGAAAGGUUUCACAUGCUCCAAGCAACUCAAAGUUCACAUCAGAACCCACACGGGAGAAAAACCUUACGAGUGCGACGUGUGUGGAAAGACCUUUGGCUACAACCAUGUAUUGAAAAUGCAUAAGAUGUCUCAUCUGGGAGAAAAACUCUACAAGUGCACACUGUGUGAAGAGUUCUUCAACUCCCGCAAAGCCCUGGACCGCCACAUUCGCGAUCACAGCCAGUCAGAACGUCCGGCUCGCAAGCAGAAACAGUCUGCCAAAGCUAAGCAGGUGACACCAUCUCCACCAGCUGAAAUGGUUCUUGAUAGCAACUCUCCAGCCAGCAGCAGUUCCUCUCCUACCUCCUCCUUGGAAAGCGAUCCGAUGGAGCAUCCACUGCCGUUUCGUGACUUUCGAGAGAACACUGAUGGACACAGCAACAGCAGCUCCCUUAGAGACUGCAGCUCAGAGAACUACAGUAGUAGCGGCAACUCAGGAACAGACAACUAUGGCUCUCGAUCUCCUGGAUACGUCAGUGAUGACAGUGGUCGAGGCGUUAGUCCCGUCAGUGACACUCUCUCCCCACCUCGAUCUCCAGACUCUGCUGGAUCUCCUCUAACGCUCCCCGACAUCAUGGAAGGGCCAUCAUUGGCUCCAGGUCCCAACCACAUGGAAAGCUAUAACAUGCUUCUCCGCCGCAUAUACCCUGGCAUUGCCGUCCCCAAACCCGAGGCAACUCCAGCGGGCCAUCCGCCAAAUUACCCCAGUUACAACUCUUCACUGGAGCACCAAUCUUACACCAAGCCAAAGUAUGCCAUCUUCACCACAGAAACUGGGGAAAAACUUACCUGCCCAUAUGAUUUACUACUCUGUCUGCAAGAGAAGAAGGAACAAGGUUUGCUUAAAGAAAGAACAAUGUCCAUAGAUCAGGAAACCCUUCGGCGGCAGCAGAUGCAGAUUGAAGAGCACUUCAUCAGAGAGGAAAAUCGCAGAAGGCGAGAACAGUCAUUCAUUGUGUCUGUUCAAAGGGUGCUGGGUGCUCUCUUAGGCUCAGAGCGCCUCGAAAGGAUGGGUUACCCACAGACUUCCGUCGACGAGGUCCUGAUGAGGACUCUAACAUUGAUGGGGUCUCAGCCUUGUAAAGAACCAUCUCUGAGCCCAAUGGACAGAGUGAAGGUCAACCUCCGGUUGCUCCUCGAGUGUUCAGUACCUGAUCAAGACAUGUGGAACAAAUUUGGCUGGAGGGGAAAGCCUAUUGAAGAUAUCGUUGGGGAAUUCCUAAACUUCUGUUGAAUCUUUCGUGCUAAAAAAAAAAGCUUUUAGCCCUUUUCUUAAAGAAAGGGGGUUUAUGUCCUAGGCCUAGAAGAGGGAAGAGACGUUUAGGAGGCCCUGGAGAACUCGCUCAUGUGUUCAUUAAUUUUAUUGCCUCCUUCUGUGUACAUGUAGUGAAAAGUUGGGAGUUUCGUCGUAGUUAAAGGGGGUUAGAGGAGAUAAUAAAUUCGCUGAUCUCGGGGCUUCCCACAGCCCGUCCAAUUGCUCAGUAUUCUAAUUGUUGACUGUUCUAAGUUUUCACUUCUAGUCAUUUUUCAUGUGUGCGCGUCUAACUCACAUCUUCAAACAUUCCAUUUUGUCACUUUUUAUUUAAUGCACAAUUGUUCAUAUAAUUGUGUUGAAAGAUUAUAUAAAUAUAUAUAUAUAUAUAAAUAAAUAUUUUUGGAUGUAGUUUAAUAAAAGACAAUGACUUAAAUGAUAAAAA